AUGCCAUUUGAAAGAAUCCUUAUAUGUGGCGCAGGUGUAGCUGGUUCAGUAUUAGCCUAUUGGCUCGCCAAACAUGACUUCGAUGUGGUCGUCGUCGAACGAUCGAAAACCGAACAGACAGCUGGACAAGGCCUCGAAAUUGAAGAACCAGCGUUGAUGAUUAUGAAGUCGAUGGGCGUCCUUGACAAGCUCAACCAAAAGAAGACUGGUGAAAUGGGAUUCAAUCUUGUCGACGAGCAAGCUCGUUCACAUGGCAUUUUGGAGGUUGGUGGCAUUAGUCCUACAGGUGCCCUCGAACUCUUGCGGGGUGACCUGACUCAAAUUCUCCUCCAAUCCGCCGACGGAUCCACCAAUGUCACCUACCAGUUCGAGACCACAAUACAGAGCCUGAGACAAACACAGGACAAAAUUAUCGUCGACCUAGAAAACAGAAAUGACAAAACCAUCGCGACCGAGGAAUUCGACUUGGUGGUAGGUGCGGAUGGAGUAAGAUCACGCACGAGACAGCUCGUCAUGGGCUCGCCCGAGGAGCUCAAUUGUUUCAAGCCAGUCGGCGCCUUUGUUGCAUACUUCUCCAUCCCUAGAGAAGAUUAA